CACCCGCCCUUUUUCUUCGCUCAUGCUUCAAAAAACCGUUGAAACAUGAAAAGCAAUGACCGGUGCAACGGUCUUCUCCUCCAGCAAAAAUUCAAGCAUCUAAAGCAAUUCAAGGAAUUCCAUGCCCACCUCCUCAAAUCCCUUCUCCCUCAUGAAAACCCACUUCCCAUUGGCCGCCUCGUAUCUGUUGCCGCACUCUCCAGCGAUCCCACUAUCUUCGACUAUGCCCGUUUGAUCUUCCGAAAUCUGGCCCAUCACAACACUUUCAUGUACAAUAACAUGAUCAGAGGCUAUCUCCAAAUGCAUGCACCGAUUUCUGCCAUCUCCUGUUAUCUCGACAUGUUAAGAUAUGGCCUUCCCGCUAAUAACUACACUUUCCCGCCAUUGAUUAAAGCUUGCACUCUCCUGUUUCUCUCUUCUUCGUUGUCGAUUGGCCGUUUGGUACAUGCCCAUGUCGUGAAAUUUGGGUUUUCAGAUGAUGGUUUCACCCAAAGUGCACUCAUUGAGUUCUACUCGUCUGUGCUUGAUUUGGGUUGUGCAAAGAAACUGUUUGAUGGGAGUUUGAGAAGAGAUGUGGUAUUGUGGACAGCGAUGAUCGAUGGAUAUGCCAAGAGUGGCGAUGUCAAGAAGGCUAGAGAGCUGUUUGAAGAAAUGCCAGAAAGGAACACAAUAUCAUGGAGUGUCAUGAUCGCCGGGUAUUCACGGGUCAGUAAUUUCGAGGAGGCGCUCUGUCUCUUUCAACAGAUGCAAGAGGUGGGGAGAAGGCCGAAUGAAUCAAUACUUGUUAGCAUCCUCACUAGUUGUGCACAUCUUGGAGCUCUCACACAAGGGCUAUGGGUCCACUCAUACGUGAAGCUGCACAGGCUCGAUUCCAAUCCGAUCUUGGGAACUGCAUUGGUGGACAUGUAUGCAAAAUGCGGUUGCAUUGAGUCGGCAAUGUCAGUUUUUGAGGAUAUCUCAGAGAAGGACGUUGGGGCAUGGAAUGCAAUCAUCUCAGGAGUCGCAAUGAAUGGCAAUGCCAAGAAAUCACUCAAGUUAUUCAAUAAGAUGAACAUGAACGGGUCACAACCCAAUGAAGUAACAUUCAUUGCCGUCCUUAGUGCAUGUGCUCAUGCAGGUUUGAUUGAGGAGGGCCGUGAAUUGUUUGAUCAAAUGAAAACGGUCUAUGGGGUUGAGCCAAGACUCGAGCAUCAUGCAUGUAUGGUUGACCUUUUCGCCCGAGCUGGGCGCAUAGAGGAAGCUGAGAAGUUUGUAGAAGAAAAGAUGGGAGGCUUUGCAGGUGGGGAUGCUAAUGUAUGGGGAGCUCUAUUUAGUGCUUGUAGAAUAUAUGGAAAUGUUGAAGUUGGAAAUAGAGUUUGGGAAAAGUUGGCUAAGUUGAGAUCAGCUGAUUGUGGUACAUAUGUGCUUUUAUAUAACAUGUAUAGGGAAGCUGGAUGGGAAAUGGAGGCCAAUAGAGUUAGGGGAUUGAUAACAGAGGAAGGACUGAAGAAGAAACCGGGUUGUAGUUUGAUAGAGGUUGAUGGUGCAGUUGAUGAAUUUAUUGCAGGUGAUUUUUCCCAUCCACAGGCAAGAGAGAUAUUGGAAGUGGUUGAUUCUUUGGUUAACAUCAUGAAAUCGGAGGGAUUGUGUUUGUGACUGAUACACAGAUCUUGUUCUGUAUUAUUUGAUAGAGUUAUUUGAUAACAUCACAUAGUAUGAUGAUCUAUCCAUAUGAACACAGCCACUUCAAACAUGGCAAACAUGUUACCUCAAUCCAAAAAUAAAACAAAAAAGGUCCAAGUCAUUGGUCCCAUCAUUCAUGGGCAUAGCCCCAAAAGCAGAUUGAUUGGAUGAUCCUAGACUCUGACAAACUCUUUUUUGUUGAAUUUAGACAGCUGAUUCUUUUUAUCAUCCAUUUAUUUGCUGCCAAUCAGACAAGAUCAUCCAUUCAUUGUGAUUUUAGUAUUGUCACCCAUCAAUAAGGGGGGCCCAAGUUCAAAUGGGUAGAAUUGUACACAUGAAUGGUGGCUGUGCGUGUGUGUGGAUCAUCCUACUCAACUGGAGUGUCAAGUAAUUCCUCUAUUAUAAUCUAGAACCGUAGAUCACAGGUAAUCACCUGUACCAAAGUGUAACUAAAGAUAUGUCUGACAUUGUUCUUGAUUCUUUUGAAACUAGCAGGUGUGUAGAUUUGAAUCUGAUGUUAGAAUCGACAAAAACAACUUUUUUGUAUUAAAAAUACAUAUCGUUGCUUACAUUAAAGAUAAUGUC